UCGCCACUUCAGAAAACCCUAAUCCAUAGGAGCACAUAUAUUUUCUCCCCCUGAAGUUUCAGCAGCUACCCUCUCUCUCUAGACAAAAAUGGCGUACGCGAUGAAGCCGACGAAGCCUGGUCUGGAGGAGUCACAGGAGCAGAUCCACAAGAUUAGGAUCACUCUUUCUUCCAAGAACGUUAAGAACCUCGAGAAAGUUUGUGCCGACUUGGUUCGCGGUGCCAAGGACAAGAGACUAAGAACCAAGGGACCAGUCAGGAUGCCCACCAAGGUUCUGCGUAUCACUACCAGGAAGUCUCCUUGUGGAGAAGGUACCAACACAUGGGACACAUUCGAGCUUCGUGUCCACAAGCGUGUUAUCGACCUCUUCAGCUCUCCUGAUGUGGUCAAGCAGAUCACUUCUAUUACCAUUGAACCUGGUGUAGAAGUCGAAGUUACCAUUGCUGAUUCAUAGAUCUUCUACCCUUUUAUCUAGUUAAUACUAGAUCUUUUAAUUUUGGCUCUAGACUGUUUUGUGAUGAGGGAUUUUUGUUUGUUGGCAGCUGUCUUAAUUUCAAAUUUUUGGAUGCUUUACUUGAAUACAACAUUUUAUUUAUUAGAAUAGGUUUCUUUUCAA